AUGCCUGUGACAGUCUACCCCGCGAGCACCACGGCUGUGGCCUGGAAGCAGCCAACAGGGACAUCGCCCGAGGAACUGUUCCGGUCAGCAUGCUCUGACGAUGCGCAGAAAUGCAAGAUGAUGAUUCAAUCUUCAUUCCAGGAUAUUGCCAGCGCCCACAUCCACGGCUCCAACAACGGCUUCGUUUAUGCCGCAUUCCAAGCAUACAAUCACCAUUACCACCUGAAAGUUCGACCUGAAGAUGUCUGGUUCUCCAUUCUUGUCCAACUAAGCUUCUACAUAAACAAGCAUGCUGAGGAGCUCCGAUCUCUCUUUGUCGCGCACGAGGGGCAGAAGGAGAUCGAAAUCAAGGAAAUCGGCACCAUUAAAACUGUCGACUUUGGCAAGCUGGCCGUCGCCAUGUCGCGCGAGCUUGAAAACCACGUUGUCGAUGCGCAGCUCAGAGACUGGAUCAUGCCCGACUUCACCACCACCCAGGAUAACGACAAGAUAGUCGCAGCAAUUCUCAUGAUGGGAACCUUGCAGAAGUACUUUAGUUACAAAAUGACCAUGAUGUGCGGAAUACCCUCGGUGACUCUUCAAGGUGAGAGGGAAGACUGGACAAAGCUGCGCGAUCGUCUCGACAAGAUUGCCAGUUGGGGCAAGGAGCCCGCCCAGUUUGCAACACGGCUAAAGACAGUUAUUGACUACUUCAUCCUCUCGUUCGACGAGCCAACCAGUGCUGAUGUGAAGGAGUUCUGGAACAAGAUUGCCCACUACAAGAGUGGCGGCUCAGGGCCAACAUACUUGUCGGGCUGGAUGACAUCAUUCUGUUUCUGGUCGGCAGAAGGAGAGCUCAUCCGCAACACUGGCUUCGGCUCCGAACUCGCGUUCUGCGAGAUUGGUAAUACUACUUUCCUACCUGUCGAUACAGAUGAUAUCCCAGCUGGAUAUGCCUCCGUUCCAGUCAAGGUGGACGACAACGGAACCCCGUAUCAGACAAGGAUGUUGGCUGGUUCCGUCGGGCAGCAGUUCACCAGCAGCGGAGGGCCCGUGACACACACAGAUCUUCGGGGCAACAAGAUCGACCCACCCAACGGCGAGACGACGGGCCUCGACACUAUUGAGCCUGUUAUCGGAUGGUGGAUGUAUGAAACUUUCGACAAAUGA